AUGGAUGCAAAUUAUUUUCUUGCUCAGAGCAGGAGCCCUCUCUCAACUUUGGCUCGCCGGAGGCACCCUUGUAAACCAGUAUGCUCUCCUGUUCUUGCCGUGCUCACGAGGCCCUCGGAAAACGUAACAAAAGAAGCAAGAAAGACUAACUUCUAUAAUGAUAACUGGUUCGAUCAGAUAGCCAUAAACCAUCUAUCCCAGAGUGUUCAAGCUGCAACAGGGUUAAGGAACAGCAAGAGUGGCUAUGAAAGCUUGGUGGAGGCAGCUCGAAUGGCAUCACAAAACUUUAAUCCAAUUCAACAACGUGAAGUGGUCAUUCACGCCCUCGAGAGAGCCUUCCCAAGGCCAAUCCUCUCUUUGAUAAAGACACUGCUACCCCAAUCUAAAUUAGCAAGGGAAUAUUUUGCAGCCUUCACCACUGUGUUUUUUGCUUGGCUGGUGGGAUACUGCGAGGUAAGGGAGUCGGAGCUCAACGGAAGAAGAGAGAGGAAUGUAGUCCACAUAAAAAAGUGCAGGUUUUUGGAGGAGACCAAUUGUGUGGGAAUGUGUAUUAAUCUCUGCAAAAUGCCAUCCCAAGCCUUUAUCAAGGACUCCCUGGGAAUGCCAGUCAAUAUGGUCCCUAAUUUUGAUGAUAUGAGUUGCGAGAUGAUAUUUGGUCAGGAUUCCCCAGCUUCAACCGAUGAUCCAGCACUCAAGCAACCAUGCUAUAAACAAUGCAAAGCAAAGCAGAAACACAGCAUGAAGUGCUCCACUUAAUGCAGAGGGGAGG